AUGUCUCUCUCUUAUGAUAAAAAAGAUGUAUUACGAAUGGCCAUAGACACUAAGUUAAUUAAAUCAUUAGAUUAUGAAACAUUUGAAAAUUUUUCACAUCUCGGUAGAGGAGCAUUUGGUACCGUUGAGCGAGCUUAUUCGAAAUUUUUAAGAAAAGAAGUCGCAUUAAAAAGUAUAAAUAGUGAGAAUGAAGACGAAUUUUAUAGAGAGUUAAAAAAUAUUCUUGAAGUAAAUCAACAUGAUAAUAUUAUUAAGCUUUUUGGAAUAAGUAAAGAGCCUUUAACCGAUAGAUGCCUUUUAGUUUUACAAUACGCCAAUGAUGGUGAUCUGAGAUCAUAUUUAACAAAGAACUUCGAAAAACUCGAUUGGAAAAAAAAAAUUAAUAUGGCUAAAGAUAUUGCGUUAGGCUUAUAUUAUAUUCAUGCAGAGAACAUUGCUCACAGGGAUUUACAUUCAAAAAAUAUAUUGGUUAAUGAAGGAAGAUUAUUGAUCGCGGAUUUAGGGUUAUCUCAACCAUUAGAUUCCAAUUCAAAUUCUAUUUUAGGUGGAAUGAUGGCAUAUACGGAUCCUAGAUAUUUAAGAAAUACGAACUAUAAGAGAAAUAAAACUUCAGAUAUUUAUAGUUUAGGAGUUCUUUUUUGGGAAUUAUCAAGUGGAAAACCUCCAUUUAAAGAAAUUCAGAAUUUAGAUAUAUUGAGAAGGGUUAAGUCCGGUGAUAGAGAAACACCUAUUAAUGGAACACCAGUGGAUUACAUUAAAAUUUAUUCAAAUGCAUGGAGCGAUGCUCCAGAACAAAGACCAAAUGUAGAAAAAGUUCUUGAUGAUCUUGAAAAUAUUCAAUUAGAAAAUGUCUAUAAUAAUUAUAAUAAUGAUCAACUUCAAAGAUCUCAAAAAUAUCAAUCUCUUCCAUCCUUUCAAUUUGAAGCAGAUGAUGAAGCAGAUGAUGUAUCUAUGAUUUCAGCUACAUUCCCAAACACAUGCAUAGUAACUCUUAAUAAAAUUAAGGAACAAUUUAAGUUCUAUGAUUUAGAGACAUCUAUUUGUGAUGCUCAUUUACACAUUGUUCUUGGAGAUAUUGAAGGUUUACAAUGGCAUCUUAACGUUGGGUUCGAUGAAAAUAGUUAUUAUGGACCUAUGAAUUUAAAGAGAAAUCUUUAUGAUUUUGCAAUAAAAUAUUGCAACAAAGAAGAUAUAAUGAAGGUCUUUAAUGUAUUAAACGUAUUUCAUUAUUCUAAAUUGAAUCUAAAUAUCCAACUUUUAUUCAGUAAUGAUAAUAUUCGAAUUCCCCAAGAUUUGAGAGAUAUUAUGAAAUUAAUAGUAAAUAGUAGAUACGAUAUCAAUUGCAAAAAUAGAAAUUCAAUGUAUACAUUAUAUAGUUUAUUACAGUCAAUAGAUAAUAAUAUUUAUGACAUUAUUGAAAUUUAUUUAGAAAAUGGAUUUGAUCCAAAUAACCCUUUUAAUGAUACCCUUCCAAAUUUAUUAUUUUUUGCUGUAUAUAAAAAUUAUCCCAAUGAAAUUCUAGAACUUAUUUUUAAACAAAAAAUAGAUUUGAAAAAAAAAAAUAAAUAUGGAUUAAAUAUUCUCGGAUACACAGCUUCAACAGAAAAUUUUGAGAUAAAAGUUAAAUCUCUAAUAGAAAAUCUUAAAAAGAAAAUAGCGUUGGGUUUAUGA